AUGGUAUUAACCUGUCCGACUCUGGUGCAGAGCACAGCUCCAGCCCCAACCCCCAAGGCCUGCUCCCCGAAUACCAGCACCAAGCAGCGGCACUUUCCCAGCUUCUCUCCACGCGCCAUCAAUUUUUCUCCAGCUCAGGGUCCCUACGAGCCAAGGAAGAGAAGAGACAGGGCAGAGGAGAUGAGCCCCAGAGGAGCUGGAACGCAGGAGCAGAGGGGGCCCCACGACAGGGAGCGAGAGGGAAAACGAAGGAGCGGGGCCGAGGGCGACCCCGCGCUGCUACCCGCGGAAGAUUUAUGGCGCCGCCCGGGUUCCAAGGACAGGCUGCGCUCGCCUCCGCCGCCACCGCCGGGAGCCGCCACGGCCGCUGAGCCCCCUGCCCGCGCGGUCCUGGACGGUACUGAGCCAGCCAAGGAGGGCGGUCUCGGAGGGGAGGAGCGCUGCCCGAGCUCUCUGUCCCGCGGGCCGAUGGACGAGGAUGGCGCGGACGAGGCGCUGCCACCACCCCUGGCCCCGCUGCCCCCUCCGCCGCCGCCCGCACGCAAAGGCUCCUAUGUGUCGGCCUUCCGGCCGGUGGUCAAAGACACCGAAAGCAUCGCCAAGCUCUACGGUAGCGCCCGCGAGGCGUACGGUGCGGGGCCUGCUCGCGGGCCUGGGCCGGGCGCGGGGACUGGGACGGGGACGGGGCCGGGGCCGGGCGGCGGCUACGUGAGCCCGGACUUCCUGAGCGAGGGCAGCUCCAGCUAUCGUUCCGCCUCGCCUGACGUGGACACCGCGGACGAGCCCGAGGUGGACGUGGAGUCCAACCGCUUUCCCGACGACGAGGGCGCCCAGGACGAGACCGAGGCCAGCGCUCCCAGCACGGGAGGUGGCCCAGAUGGCGACCAGCCCGCUGCGCCCCCGUCCGCCACCUCCUCGGGCGCGGACGUUCCCGCAGACUCUCCCGACGGCGGCAGCCCCCGCCCUCGGCGCCGCCUUGGGCCACCCCCAGCAGGCCGGUCCGCAUUCGGGGACCUGGCGGUCGACGACGUGGUGCGGAGACCCGAGAGGAGCCCGCCGAGCGGCGGUUACGAGCUGCGAGAGCCUUGCGGGCCCCUAGGAGGCCCCGCGCCGGCCAAGGUGUACGCGCCCGAGAGGGACGAGCACGUGAAGAGCGCGGCGGCGGCGCUGGGGCCCGCGGCCUCCUACCUCUGCACCCCCGAGGCCCACGAGCCGGAUAAGGAAGACAAUCACUCGACCGCCGAUGAUUUGGAAACGAGGAAAUCGUAUCCAGACCAAAGGAGUAUCUCCCAGCCAAGUCCCACAAAUACAGACCGAGGUGAAGAUGGACUUAACCUUGAUGUCACAGGAACUCAGCUGGUGGAGAAAGAUAUUGAGAACCUGGCCAGAGAGGAACUGCAAAAACUGCUCCUGGAGCAAAUGGAGCUCCGCAAGAAGCUGGAGAGGGAAUUUCAGAGCCUCAAAGAUAAUUUUCAGGAUCAAAUGAAGAGAGAAUUGGCUUAUCGAGAAGAAAUGGUGCAACAGCUGCAAAUUGUCAGAGAUACCUUGUGUAACGAACUCGACCAGGAGCGGAAGGCGCGCUACGCCAUCCAGCAGAAAUUGAAAGAAGCCCACGACGCGCUGCAUCACUUCUCCUGCAAGAUGCUGACGCCCCGCCACUGCACUGGCAACUGCUCCUUCAAGCCCCCGCUGUUGCCCUAG